GUGGGGCUGAGGGGCCCCGGGAGCGGAGGGGGCUCCCGGCGGUGGGCGGCGGGGGGUGGGGAGGGCCUGGACAUGGCGCUGAGGGGCCGCCCCGCGGGAAGAUGAAUAAGGGCUGGCUGGAGCUGGAGAGCGACCCGGGCCUCUUCACCCUCCUGGUGGAAGAUUUCGGUGUCAAAGGGGUGCAGGUGGAGGAGAUCUAUGAUCUUCAGAGCAAAUGCCAAGGCCCCGUAUAUGGAUUCAUCUUCCUGUUCAAAUGGAUCGAAGAGCGCAGGUCCCGUCGCAAAGUCUCUACUUUGGUGGAUGAUACGUCCGUGAUUGAUGACGAUAUUGUGAAUAAUAUGUUCUUUGCCCACCAGUUGAUCCCCAACUCUUGUGCCACUCAUGCCUUGCUGAGCGUACUCCUGAACUGCAGCAAUGUGGAUCUGGGACCCACACUGAGUCGUAUGAAAGAUUUCACCAAAGGCUUCAGCCCGGAGAGCAAAGGAUAUGCAAUUGGCAAUGCUCCAGAAUUGGCCAAGGCACAUAAUAGCCAUGCUAGGCCAGAGCCACGUCAUCUUCCUGAGAAACAGAAUGGCCUUAGUGCAGUGCGGACCAUGGAGGCAUUCCACUUUGUCAGCUAUGUACCUAUCACAGGACGACUCUUUGAGCUGGAUGGGCUGAAAGUCUACCCUAUUGAUCAUGGUCCCUGGGGAGAGGAUGAAGAGUGGACAGACAAAGCCCGGAGGGUUAUCAUGGAGCGUAUUGGCCUUGCCACUGCAGGGGAACCCUACCACGACAUCCGCUUCAACCUGAUGGCAGUGGUACCUGAUCGCAGGAUCAAGUAUGAGGCCAGGCUGCAUGUGCUGAAAGUGAAUCGUCAGACAGUACUCGAGGCUCUGCAGCAGUUGAUUAGGGUAACACAGCCAGAGCUUAUUCAGACCAGCAAGUCUCAAGAGUCACAGCUGCCUGAGGAAUCCAAACCAGCCAGCAGCAAGUCCCCUAUUGUACUGGAGGCAGGCAGAGCCCAAGUGGCCUCUGAGAGCACCCACACAGAUGGUGCAGAGGAGGUAGCUGGGUCAUGCCCACAAGCUCCAACCCACAGUCCUCCCAGCAAACCUAAGCUGGUGGUGAAGCCUCCAGGGAGCAGCCUCAAUGGAGUUCCUCCCAACCCCACCCCCAUUGUUCAGCGGCUGCCAGCUUUUCUAGACAAUCACAACUAUGCCAAGUCCCCCAUGCAGGAGGAGGAAGACUUGGCAGCAGGUGUGGGUCGCAGUCGAGUUCCAGUCCGCCCACCCCAGCAGUACUCAGAUGACGAGGAUGAUUAUGAGGAUGAUGAGGAGGAAGAUGUGCAGAACACCAGUUUUGCCAUCAGAUACAAGCGAAAGGGGACAGUGAAACCAGGGUCGUUGAAUAGUUCCACAGAUGGGCAACUGUCAGUGCUACAACCCAACACCAUCAAUGUCUUGACUGAGAAGCUCCAAGAGUCCCAGAAAGACCUCUCACUUCCUCUGUCUGUCAAGACGAGCAGCGGGGCUGGGAGUCCAGCAGUGGCAAUGGCCACACACUCACAGCCCUCACCGACCCCCAGUAACGAGAGCACAGACACUGCCUCUGAGAUCGGCAGUGCUUUUAAUUCCCCCUUGCGCUCACCUAUUCGCUCGGCCAACCCAACACGGCCCUCCAGUCCUGUCACUUCUCAUAUUUCCAAAGUGCUUUUUGGAGAGGAUGAUAGUCUGCUGCGUGUUGACUGCAUACGCUACAAUCGUGCUGUCCGUGACCUGGGUCCUGUCAUCAGCACAGGCCUACUACACCUUGCUGAGGAUGGUGUGUUGAGUCCCCUGGCACUGACAGAGGGUGGAAAGGGUUCCUCACCCUCCAUCAGACUGAGCCAAGGCAACCAGGGGUCUAGCAGUCCAGAGGAGAAGGAGGUCGUGGAAGCCACAGAUAGCAGAGAGAAGACUGGGUUGGUCAGGCCCAACGAAUCCUUGAGUGGGGAAAAGUACUCACCCAAGCUGCCUCUGAGUAGUGAAGCUCUGGUGCCAGUCAGGCCCUUCAGGUGCAAUGCUGGGUUUCGGCAGGAGCUGCUGGCAUUGCUAAAAUGUGUGGAGGCUGAGAUUGCAAACUAUGAGGCUUGCCUCAAGGAGGAGGUGGAGAAGAGGAAGAAGUUCAAGAUUGAUGACCAGAGAAGAACCCACAACUACGAUGAGUUUAUUUGCACCUUCAUCUCCAUGCUGGCUCAGGAAGGCAUGCUGGCCAACCUGGUGGAGCAGAACAUCUCUGUGCGGCGACGCCAAGGGGUCAGCAUUGGCCGGCUUCACAAACAGCGGAAGCCUGAUCGGCGGAAACGUUCUCGCCCCUACAAGGCCAAGCGCCAAUAAGGGCUGCUGUCUCUGACUGCAGCCUGCUCUUGCCGUGAGGCCCUCACCAGGGCCUUUCCCUGCCCUACUCCCCUUUUCCCAGUAUUACUGAAUAGUUUCAUCCAGAGCCCAGACCCUGGUAGUGGAAGCCAGCCGCCAUGUUUCCACAUCACAUCCAGGGGCUUGGUGGGGACAAGUCAGCUUGAUAGUGCUUGGGAAGCAGCAGUUAAGAGUUGGGCUACAGAGAGGUACUGUGGCUUUCUCUAUAGCCAGAAGUGGAACAGCAGGACUUGGCCCUGCUGUUCUGGCAGCAGAAUAUAUUUUUUAUCUAUCAGAGAUGUCUAUUUUUUUCUGGGCUCCAGCCUAUUUUGCCACCAUAUUCAUAUGGCUGGCUUCCCAACUGCUUUCUCAGCUGUCAUCUGGUUGGGGCCAGUUACCCACAUCAUUCCAGGGUCACAACUCUAUAAAGACCCAGCUGGGGGCCUUGUGGGCACAGGACUUUGCUGCCCUAGUCUGUCUUCCCACUUCCCCCCGCCUGUCUGUUGGGAUGAAGUCAGGCCUACUCUCUUAUUUUGGAGGAGUGACAAACUCAGGGACCCUGCUGCUGGGUUGGAAUGAUUGAGGUAUCCAAGUAAAAGUGGGAUGAACAGUCUGCUGGGCUCCCAUAGCCUGAGCAGAGAAAAGUGUUUGAGCUGUCUGGUGGCCUGUAAAGUGUCCUAACUCUAGCCAGGCUUGUCAAGACUGCUGUCUAUAGCAAGCUCUGGGGCUCUUUGCCUUCAGUGUUGUGGCUCUAGCUAAGGGGCCUACAUUGGACUCCUGGUCUCUGUCCCUGGAGCCUGGGGCUCAGAAAAGCCUGACUGGACCCUCAGUAUUAUUGCAUCUUCUCCUCUUAGAAUUACAGAGAGAGGGCUGCUUUCAGGAACCUGGUACCACUCAAAAAUUUCUGCUGUGCCAGCUUCCUCAGCUUCUGCAAGGCACUCAGGGUCGUGCAACAGCAGGAUCAAACCAUCAUUUGGAGGCCCCUGUGUUCUCAGAGGCUUGAUGUCAAGGCUUAAUGGGUUUUGUAUUGCCUUAAGCUCAGGCCUCAAAUACAGCCCAGUGGUCUCUUCCAGAUGGCUUUGAAGGUGAUCCAGGCAGGCCCCUUAUCUGUACAUACUGACUUAAGGGCGGGGGCUGCCAGUGUGGUAGCUACCUAUCUGGGCUGAACACAGCUUGAUUCCCGCCUCUGGCAUCUGUAAAUACUGGAUCAGUGAAUGAAUAAAACUACUAAGAAACAUCA